CUGGUAAAAGGGGAAGAGGAAGCUGGAUUGACUAGACGGUAAGGAAAACGUAUUCUCCCUUUUAAGAAACGCAGGGCUGCAGCUCAUCUCCAGCUUCUCAGACAGCCGCCCCCCGCCUCCCCCGAGGCACGGACCUCCGUCCCACGACUCUCGGGACUCGCCGCCGAAGGGGCGGGCCCGAGCCAGGAUUGGCUGUUGUCGGCCGACCCCUUUCUCUGCUCUCCAGUUCCUCUCGUCGGCGGGCGCCUGCGCCAUGGGCUGGCCGUGGGGGGCGGGAAGCGCUGCGGGGCAUUAGAGCCCAUGUCGGCCUUGAGGCGCUCGGGCUACGGCCCCAGCGACGGUCCUUCCUAUGGCCGCUACUACGGGCCCGGCGGGGGAGACGUGCCCAUGCACCCGCCUCCGCCCUCGUAUCCUCCUCGCCCUGAACCUCCGCAGCCUCCCAUUUCCUGGCGGGUGCGCGGGGGCGGCCCUGCUGAGACCACCUGGCCGGGAGAAGGCGGAGGAGGGGAUGGCUACUACGCCUCUGCAGGCGCCUGGUCAGAGAGCGGUCGAGCUGGAGGAAACCACCAGGACCAGCCACCUUAUUCUAACUACAAUUCUAAUUAUUGGAAUUCUCCUGCACGACAUAGAGCUCCAUACCCAAGUACAUAUCCUGUAAGACCGGAAAUGCAAGGCCAGAGUUUGAAUUCUUAUACGAAUGGAGCAUAUGGCCCACCAUACCCCACUGGCCCUGGGGCAAAUACUGCCUCAUACUCUGGGGCUUAUUACACACCUGGAUAUACUCAGAGCAAUUACUCCCCAGAGGUUCCAAGCACUUACCGUUCACCUGGCAACAGCCCAGCCCCAGUCUCUCGUUGGCUGUAUCCUCAGCAGGAUUGUCAGACUGAAGCAGCCCCUCUUAGGGGGCAGGUUUCAGGAUAUCCUGCUUCACAGAACCCUGGAAUGGCCCUGCCUCAUUAUCCUUAUGGGGAUGGUAAUCGUAGUGUUCCACAACCAGGACCAACUGUACGACCACAAGAGGACUCAUGGGCUUCUCCUGGUGCUUAUGGAAUGGGAACCCGUUACCCCUGGCCUUCAGCUGCACCCUCAGCACCACCUGGGAAUCUCUACAUGAAUGACAGUACUUCAUCAUGGGCCAGCAGCAGCUCCUCUCAGUCACCUCCUUCACCAGCACCCCAGCAGCCCAAGGACUCCUCAUACCCCUAUAGCCAGUCCGACCAAGGAAUGAACCGGCACAACUUCCCUUGCAAUGUCCAUCAGUACGAGUCCUCGGGAACAGUGAACAAUGAUCAUUCAGAUCUUUUGGAUUCCCAAGUCCAAUAUAGUGCAGAGCCUCAGCUGUAUGGUAAUGCUACCAACGAACACCCCAGCAGUCAAGAUCAGAAUGAUAAUCUUCCUGAAGAGUGUUUAUCUUCAGAUGAAGGUACUCCCCCAAGUAUUAAAAAAAUCAUACAUGUGCUGGAGAAGGUCCAGUAUCUCGAGCAAGAAGUAGAAGAGUUCGUAGGGAAAAAGACAGACAAAGCGUACUGGCUUCUGGAAGAAAUGCUAACCAAGGAGCUUUUGGAACUGGAUUCAGUUGAAACUGGGGGCCAGGACUCUGUCCGGCAGGCCAGGAAAGAGGCUGUUUGUAAAAUCCAGGCCAUACUGGAAAAGUUGGAAAAAAAAGGAUUAUGAAGGAUUUAGAACAAAGGGGAAGCCUGUUACUAACUUGACCAAAGAACUCUUGAUUUUGGUUAAUUAGCCCUCUUUUUGAAAUGCUUGUUGGUGACGAGAAGCAAUACAUUCCAACUUUCCUUUGAUUAAAACUUGAAAAACUGGUAAAGGACUUGAAAGAACAUUUUAGUUAUGAAUUGUUUUCAGUUUUCAGACCAAUGAAUGUAAUAGGAAGCUGUGGAGUUACCGUUAUUGCCAAGUAGACUCACUCCUUAAGAAAUUUGUGGAUAUCUACAAGCUGCUUCUUAUCAGCAGGAGGGAAACACGCUUUAUGUAACAGGCUUAUCAAAAAUCGACCAGAUGAGACUGGAUAUAAUCUGAGGCAAACAGGCUCUGUUUUUUUAACCAUCUGGAUUACUUGUCACAUUUUUGUACAUUGUGACUGCUUUCAACAUACACUUCAUGUGUAAAUUACAGCUUGGACUUUAGCCCUCUCGGACCUCUGUUUUGUUUUGUUAUUUGCAGUUCAUAAAUAUAGUAUUAUUCUCUACUUCUUGGUACGUUUUGUAGUAAUAUGUUUAAUAUAAUUAUUCAUGAGACUAUAUUGACAGCCAGAUAGUAUGGCAGUUCUGAAUGAAUUUAUAUCUUUUCACCACUUGAACAUAUUGCAAUGUGUACUGAGUUCUUGAGGUAGAUUGGCCCCUUUUUUGUAUAGAUCAUUAGGGUAGAGUUUUACCACUUCUAGUUUUCAUGUUAAUACUGGAAGGCGAAUUGGGAGAUGGCAAAGGCACAGGAAUAAAUGUUUGUGGCCAUUUUCUUUUUUGCUUUUUUAUUGUAUUUGGAUAAAGAUCCACCUUAAAAUUGCCCUUCCCUACCCCUUAAUUAUCUUUUCACUACUGUUGCUUCCAUGUAGAGCAUUAUGAUAGAUACAGAUAAAAAAAUUAAAUGCCACAGUUAGUAGAAGUAACUGCAAAAGUAAUAAAUGUGACCACUUGGAAAUGUACUUCUCUAUCUAAAAUAAUUAGUUUCAUCAUGGGGAUCCCUAUGAGCAGAUUUCAGCUCAGUUUAUAAUAAAAAACAUGAGGGUAAACAGAAUUCAUGCUCAGGGAAUGAAUCAGCCAUAGUAAGAGUGGAAAAUUUUCUUCUUUUAAAGGUAGAUUUGAUAUUUACCUUUAUUUCCCUAUGACAAAUUGUUUUAUUAAAAAAAGAUGUUGGUUACCGUUAAUAAUGGUCAUUUCAGAGCAGAUUUAAGAAAGGGAUAUUGAAAUGGUCUUAGUUGGGCUUGCUUGGGUAGCUCUUUGCUAUGGUGUAGAAGAGACUUAGGUAAAUGGUAAAUGACUUACUUUUUCUAUUGGAAGUGAGUUCUGGUAUACAGUAUCUGUUAUUGGAAAAACAGCUGUUUCUUAAUAAGAUAUCUAAAUGAUAACUUUUUUCUAGACUAUGAGGCCUAUAAAUAAUGAUAAAUCUGUCAGCCAUCUCCUCUCCUUUUUUUUUUUUUUUAAAGUGGGCUCCAUGCCCAAUGUGGAAGCCUUGUGUGGGGCUUUAACUCCCAACCCUGAGAUCAAGAGUUGGCCAUCCAACUGACUGAGCCAGGCACCUCCAUCUCCUCUCCUUUUAAACAAAACCAAACACAUGAUGAGAAGAAAUGGAGUAAAAAUACUGGCUGGGUCUUAUGGAUGGGAUGAGUGAUUUUAUAAGAUAAUAUGGUGACAAUUUUAUUCUAGGAUUUUCUUUUUUGGCCUAAUACAGGAAUGUUUAAAAAAAAAAGGCUUCCUAUGAAAAUUAGAAAAUUGUACUUGAAACUAAAAAUUUAGAAAGGGGAGAACCUUAAAGCUGACUUAGUGAGACAGUGACUAAUUCAGGAGAGAACUCUGCUAUUUAACUGAAGACCCAAGAUACCAAUUUCCACAAAGUCUUGAUGUUUAUACACACACACACACACACACAUUAUGCACAUAUAUAUGCGUGUAUGUUUUUUAGCAGUUUUUUUUAAAUUUUGAGAUAAUUUUAAACCUAAGGAGUUGUAAAAUUAGUAGUUUCUGUAUACUCUUCACUGAACUUCCCCUUAUGUUAAAUAAUGUCUUACAUAACCAUAGAACAAUUGUCAAAUUAAGAAAUUAGUCUUGAUACAAUACUGUUAACUAAAGUAGAGAUUUUAAAAAAGUAGAGAUUUUCUUGUUUUUUUCACCGAUGUCCUUCUGUUGUUCCAAGAUCCCAUGCAGAAUCCUACCUUGCAUUUAGUUGUCAUGUCUCUGUAGUGUCCUCCCAAUCUGUGACAGUGUAUGGUAACACCUGAUGUCACAAUGUGUUUCUGGUGUUGUUAACCUUAAUCUCUAAGGUGGCAUUUGCUAGGAUUCUUUACUGUAAAAUUACAUUUUUCUUUGUAAUGACUAAAUAUUUGCUGGAGAUACUUUGAGAUUAUGCAAAUAUCCUGUUUCUGCUUAAACUAUUGCCCACUCAUUUUCACAUCCAUUGCCAGAUCUUGCUUGUGUCAGUUACUACUACUGUGGUGGUCUAAUGGUGAUUCUCUGUUUUUCUCAAUCUUCUACAUUUAUUAAUUGGAAUUCUUCUGUAAGGAAAGGUUACUGCAUUUGGAUAAGUCAGGAUUAAGUACAAACUUAGAAUUUAAAGAUGUAAACCAUUUAAAAUGAUAACAAAAACCAACAUCAAAGAAAGGAAAGCUAAAUUGGUAAUCUGUUUCAGAAAAUAUAAUGAACUUAAGAAGGAAAAUGGUAUUUAUGAUCUGUGGGUUUGGUUCAAUAUUUGACCUAGUAUUGACUUCAGACUGAAUUUAAAAUAUUCUCGGAGUUUCACAUAUGGACUUUCUAAAAGUAUCUUAAUUUAUAUUACUUUGGGGAUAGUUUUUGUCAAAAUCUUGAAUAAAGUUACCGAGACCUGGCAUGUUAAA